AGCUCAGCCUGUUGCUCAUAACCUUCACGGAGAGCAGGCAGACAGACAGACGGACAGUACCACCGCCGUGACAGUGGAGUAGAGAGCGGUGCAUUUCACAGUCUCUGGUAAGACUGUUUACCUCCGAAGGGGUGAGGAGGAUUCGCAGUUUGAGUUCAGGAUGGAGACAUAUGAUGAGAAAAACACAUGUGGGAUGAUUUGUCUGAAAUAUCUGCUAUUGACCUUUAACCUUCUCUUCUGGCUGGCAGGUGGAGUGGUGAUGGCGGUGGGGGUGUGGACCCUCGUAGAGAAGAGUGACUACAUCAGCCUCCUCAACUCCACCUUCUACUCUGCCUCUGCCUACAUCCUCAUAGCUGCCGGGGCUAUCGUUGUCUUCACUGGGAUCGUAGGCUGCUGUGCCACCCUCAAGGAGAUGAGGAGUCUGCUUAUAGUGUAUUUCUUCCUGCUACUCUGUAUAUUCUUGCUGGAGAUCGUAGCUGGAGUCCUGGCCUAUAUCCAAUAUCAGGAGCUGGAUAAGGAGCUGCAACACAACCUGAAGGAGACCAUGGUUCAGAAAUACCAGCAGUCUGGAGAGGAGAGCAUCACCAGUGCAGUGGACAAGCUGCAGCAGGAGUUUAAGUGUUGUGGUAGUAACAGCUCGUCAGACUGGUCAGACAGUGUGUGGAUCCUGACACCUAGCAACGAGAGACUGGUCCCAGACAGCUGCUGCAAGACUCCCAGUAACCUCUGUGGCCGCAGAGACCACCCCUCUAAUAUCUACAAGGUGGAGGGAGGGUGCAUCACAAAGCUGGAGACCUUCAUUCUGAGCCAACUGCAGAUCCUGGGAGCAGUGGCGAUCGGCAUCGCCUUCCUCCAGCUCGUAGGGAUGAUUCUUGUUUGCUGCCUGUAUCGAGGUCUGAAGGAGGAGUCAUACUGAGCAUGGCUGAUG